GUCCAUUUGCGUAGUUUGCACCUUGGCAUGUCUUCAAUCAUAGUCGCUUGAUAUUCGUCAGCACUUUCCGCAGCCAUGGCGUCACGCAAACGUGCAUGCUCACUGGCAGUACUUCUCACCUUUCUUUCGGUUCGGCUUUGCUUCCUGCCGCCGAAUGUGGCCAAGCCGAUCGAGCGACGCAUAGCACCACGCAGGCAAGCUGCUGCUGUUCUGCUACUGGGUGCAGCUCCUGCUGAAGCCAUGCCAAGCCUUGCAGAGACUGGGACGCAGAAGUCCUUUGGUUCCGGCUGCAGCGUUCCAAGUAUCCCGUUGAUGGACAACCUGGCCAUAGGAUGAGAAGAGCGAUGCUUCGGAUUUCGAUCGUUUGGGCUCCAUGCUGGAGACAAAGUGGGAGAAGGUGAAGCCGCGCUGCACCAGCGUCGGCAGCAUGGGUGCCAAAGGGUUGAAGGUCUGAGGCAGAGAGGCAAAAGAGAGGAUGUGAAUCAAAAGCGACAGCUGUCACUCGAAACAUACCUGGCAGCACCCUCCAAUCAGUGCCUUUUUUUUCAG